AUGGCGAUAACCAACAAAGUUUUUAAAGAAAGCGAGAGUUGGCUAACGAAAGAACGUCAGAAAUUUGAAAAUUUUGCCGAAGAAAAGUUUCAAAAGUUUUCAACCGAAUAUCAGCGAGAGGUCGAUUGGUUAAGAGAUUAUUUACAAGAGAUCGUAUUUCGGACAACAAAAGUUGAAAAUUUAAAGAAAAAUGAGCUUCUUGAAAUUCCUAACCAACUUAAAGAUAAACAUGAAAUUGAACCCCGCGAAAGUCUAACCGUUCCAACAUUAAUUACGCGUGAACGUAGCCAAAUUAUGCGAAAUAAUGUUGAAAUUGUGAAUACCUCUUCUGGUGGUGUAACUCAACAAUUAAAAAGAUUUGUUGUAAAACAUACACCAAAAUUAAAACCCGAAAAACCCGAAAUCAAAUCCUUGGUUCUCGCAGCUGCUGCCGCAAAAAGGGAAAAAGAGGAACAAGAUAAAAGGCUUGUAAGAGCAAAGGAAUGGGAGAAGGCACGUCAACGCAGACAAGAAGAGCAACAAAAACGUCUACAAAGUCUUAAAAAUCGUGAUGAUGAGUUAAAAAAGAAGGUCAAUGUAAUAUCAGACGCGAAAAGAAAGGACACAGAUUUAAUGAGAAAAAAGAAGAUUGAUAAUAAUAAAAUUUCAAAAGAUACAAUACAGAAUCAAACAGGACAAAAUCAGAAAGAACCUGAUAGAACGGCUCAUACAAAUGAAAAUACCAGCGUUAUAUUUAGUAAAAAAGUUCAAUUAUAUGAUCAACUUAAACGGCUUGGUCUUAAUAAAAAACAAAUUGAAUUACCAGAAAUAGAUAGCGACGAAGAUGAAAAAGUUGAAAUCAAAAAUAAACGACUACGUAAGGAUUGGGAGCAAAGUCCCGAAUUAAAGGCUGCUUUAAUGCAUCAAUCUUCGAUUGACCCCGAAACUAUUUUUGGAAAAAUUCUUCCACUUAAUAUAGAUGAAAGAGAACAUAGGCUUCGCCCGAGAUCAAGUUCAGCAAAUUGGUCAGGUCUAGAUGCAUUAACAGAGGAAGAAGAAUUGGAAUAUAAAAUACAUAUGGGAUUUUUGUGA